ACAGUUUUUUUUGUAGUCAUUAGAAUCGCUUGUAAAGAAAUCCAAACAUUUCUUUGAUGUCAUACUUUUCUGUUGUUUUGUUUUUUGACACGAACAUUUUCCCCUGACAUGUGUGCCUAAAAGGGGCCUACGUCACGCAACAGUAAAAUGGGGGAAAACUAAACACGUAUCACUGUCAACAACAGAUGUUUAAAUACCACCACAGCCCUGCCUUCAUGAGCCAGAAAAGAAAGCGAAACUGAUUAGCGCUAGCCUACAGAACAUGAAAAUAUGUUUAUUUGACAAGCGUUUUUAAUCUGGUAUCGACGUAUUCUAGGAACUAUGUUUGGUGUAUUUAGAGAAGUUCUGAAAUCUCUAUGACCUUAAAGAUCUCUGAAUCACCAAAUGAUCCGCGCUAUGCUUUAGGUACGCUUUAAUAGACAACAUUGUUAUCUAAGAACAUGGCUACAAGUAAUUACUAUGAGUGGCAGCUGUUUAAUGGAAAUCAGUGGGUUUAUAUCAAUAAUGAUUUUAUCAUUGAGACCCAUUACUGUCAGCCAGGAGCCAGUGGCAUCAGGAUCAACCUCAAUACGGGGGCUGUUUACAUUGACUUUGACGAGAUGACAGCCGACGGACCUGAUGAUAAUCUUGCUAUACGGCGUAACACACUCCUGUCCCAAAACCAGAAGCAAGAGGUCGGCUGGUACUACAAAGAUAACCAUCGCUGGUGUGAGUAUGGAUCUCAGGGAUGGGGUGGAAGAACAUCUUCGAUUGGCAGUGAUUUUAUAGAGCAGCACUUUAACAGCAACCCAAGCGGCUCAGUUCAGUUUACUGCAGGAAACAUGACUUACAGUGUGGACUUUAAUGCCAUGACUCAAACCAAUCUGUCCACACACUUGACGAGGAAAGUGAGACGACGGCCAAAAUUCAACAAGAUCGUAGCUAUCAACAACAGUUUUCUAAACAGUUCCCCAACUCUGGCAUCUCCUUCAACAAACCCAUCAAACUCCUCCUCUCACUUCAUCUGGGAGUUUAUGGGGGAUGAGGGCAUUUGGACUGAGUACCAGAAACCAGCAUGUUCGCUGGACAGUGCAGAAAUCGAGAGGUUGUAUCAGCUCAACCCUCAGUGCCAAGUUUCCUUCACUGCCAGAAGAUUCUCUUACACACUUUACUUUGGCGGAAUGUAUCAAGUAAACGAUAGACUUGGUACAAGAAGAACAGUCAGAAGGAUCGCCAGUGGAAGCCAGCAGACAAACAAUGCAUUGUCACAAGCUCGCUGGCAGUUUAAAGACAUGGAUGGCAAAUGGAAGGAUUAUGGUGGAUCUCGAGGAAAGUGCAGUGUGUCAAGUCAAGAUAUUGAAGCUCAGUAUCAGCAAGACCCCACUGCCAUCAUGAGCUUCAGUGCAGGCAGAUUCAACUAUGAGCUCGACUUCUCAGCCAUGACUCAGACCAACCUGAGGACUAACACGAGGAGAGCCGUACAACGCCUUCAGCAAUAGGACUGUUUACUUUUACUGUAGCAGUGUAUGAAUAAUCUCAGGAUGCCGGUUUAUGCUAUGUUUGCUGGCCAUGACUAAUAUAUGUUGAUAUGAUGUUUUUUUUCAUAGAAAUUAUGUAGUUUUUCAAUGCUAACUUGUGUCACAUGAUUUAUCAACUGCCAUAAAUUCAUGAUCAUUGAAUGUACUAUUUGUUUUCAGUUUUCAGCUUUUCUUUUCGGUGCAUUUACUGUGAUUAGAAAACAAAAUGAUAUAAUGUGUGGUUUUUCUUUUUUCUUUGUUAACUGCCAAUUAAAAUUAUGAGGAAAAUUUUAUUAAAAUUUUAUUUAGAGAAGUCUGUUUACAUUAUUUAUGCUAAUCCCUAAUGUUCAAAGGGUUCUGACAUGUUGUUGGUCAAUAAAUUUCCCUCGACUUUUCCAUGACUUCAAUUCUGAUUAGAAUUACUGAUUUUCUUUCUCUAUUAAACUGACAUUACUCUUCUAAUUUAUAUUCGCAUUUGUCUUCGCAGUCAUAAUUACAUUGUAAGCUUUGUUUCUAUGUUUCUGUAUAUGUAACAAUUUUUUAUAAAAUGUAUUAAAACCA